AUGUUAAACAACACUACAUUUACGAACGCGACAAACAGCACAAAUGGCACUGGAGCUGGACAUGGGCCUCGACUUCCUCCUUCCCGCCAAGUUGAUGUCGUUGCUAUGGUCUUCAGUGUCUUCUUUUGCAUCCUUGCCUUGAUGAUUGUGUUUGGAAACUCGUUAGUUAUCGGUGCAUUCCGCGUUAACAGACGACUUCGCACGACAACCAAUCUGCUUUUGAUGUCCUUAGCCAUCGCUGAUUUGCUGAUCGGAACGGUCUCUGUGCCGCUAUGGGUUUAUAUAUCUGUGACAUAUACAUUUCAAGGUCCAUUGUAUGAUUUUUAUUUGACUUUUGAUGUCAUCUGCGGCGUGUCUUCGAUCCUAAAUCUCACUGCCAUCAGCCAAGAGAGGUGUUAUGCUCUACUUCACCCGAUAAAGCAUCGAAACAUCCGAAAACGUAAGUCACAAUAUUCCUUACAUGUACUUCAGUGAGGCCGAGCGGUUAGAGCGCGGGACUUGAAAUUCGGAGGCCCCGAGUUCAAGUCCCGCCUUGACUAUUAGCUGGAUUUGUUCUCUGCAGUCCCGAGUUCAAUCCUUGGCACGCUCGUGAAAUAGCCAACUGGUUCGCCUCCUACCAGUUGGGAUUUUUAACAUGAUGUUACGUUCAAUUUAAGGUCAUUCCCUUGAAAUUGUUCUACUAUCAGACCUUUUUCGAAACUUGGCAUAAUCAACAUUCAUGAUAUGAACAUUACAAAAAUUCAAUAAAAAGAUUGGGUCACCGUGCUUGUUUACAAGUCAGCAGACUCUUAAACUGGGGUAUUUUUACUGGUGUUCGUUAAAAAUUCGAAUCCCCUUCUUACAGAAUUAAGUCUUUGUUACUUGAAACACACAAGAUUUUAUCUUGAACAUAAGGCGUCUCUUAUUCAGUUAAGCAGUAUUGCUUCAUUUAAUUCGUUUUUCAUUGGCUGGUUGUGGGGAUAUUGCUUUUUUCGGACAGUUCCGUGGUUAGCUUGAUGUCCUCGCCUUGACCCAAAUACACCAAAUACGAAAAUAUUUUUCCCCCAAAAAAUCAUGUUCUACUAUCAAGCUUUUUUUGUUUUUCAAAUAUGUUCGUUAUUAGACUAUUUUUAGCAAAAUACUGGGGGAAAAAAUCGAGGUUCACCGUGCUUGUUUCCUCACAAACUGCAGUGAAAGGUGGACAUGGUUUUGAGAUCGCAGUCAGGAUGGAUAAUUUGCGCGUCGGGGACUGGGGCGAGAUACAAAAUAACGCCCAUCGUUUUCGAAGUAUGCACUAGAGAUCAAGCUUGUUUUCUGUUGUCUUUAUGUGUCUGAUAUAUAUCGCCAACACAGAAAUUCAAACUUGAAAAGAGUACAUUAAAUACCAAGGAAUGAGGUAAGUCAAGAUUUGAUGAGAUUCUGGAGUUAUGAUCAAUCUUUAUUUUGGACUAUUUUGUACCGCCGGCGUUCUGUUUAAUUCCAGUGAGCUAGGGUUUGAUUUUUUUGCUUUUGGACAAUAAUACUUGACAAAAAACUGGAAGAAAAGACUAUUGAUUCGAUACGUCAUAUGUUCGCUUGUUUGGUUUCAUACAUAGCAAAAUGUGAAUUCAGCAGCAAACUUCGUGUUUACGUCAAAGUCUGGUCUCUCUCGCGUGGUUCUGGUGCUACGGUGGGUCUUUGCAGACAUAUCCUUAGGUUCGAUUACCGCCACUUUCCUGAGUCUGGUCUUCUAUUGAACCUUUUAGUGUGUGGUAUCGCGCUCUUGCGACUCAGUAGCAAAAUGCAACAUGACACGUAAAAAAUAUCUCACGAUUAAGCAAUAGAAAACGUUUUCCGUGUUUGAAUAGCCUGAUAUAAACACGAGAGGGGUUGAGAGAGGGAAUUCUCCCAAAGCCUCGAGUGUUUAUAUCAGGCUACGCAAACUCAGGAAAAAAAGUUUUCUAUUGCUUUUAUAAAAUAACUUUCCCGAGAAAAAAUGCUAACCUCUUUGUAUGGCUCUGAUUAAAAGAGAAAUUUUUACCAGUCGCAAAGUCUUGUCCACGAAGUCUUGCACGCGUAAUCAGUUCUUGUUGUGCAAAAAGAUGCUUUCCAAAAUACGGAUUUUUCUCGCUUAAAAUGCCAGCUUAAGCGACGAAAAAUUGACACACCUUCUUUGUAAAGAUUUUCCAAGUUUCAGCCGACGAAGGAAUGGGUAAAUAAAGUAAACUUGUAGAGUUUUGAACUCGAAAACUAUAUCAAAUUCGUGCUUGCGUGAUUAGGGGGCGAAAAGCAAAACAUCUUGACGCCACAAUCAUGUUUACAUACUCUCAUGCAAACACUCCUCUCGGCCAAUCAGAGCGCGCGUACUAUCUUAUUUAUUUUAUAAAUAGAGAAUACUUCAUGGAAAGUGCUGGCGUACGGUAUUUACGCACGAGUUGUUGAGGUAUCAGAAAUCGAGCGAGUGAGCGCAGCGAACGAGUAAGAUUUCUGAUACAAAAACAACGAGUAAGUAAAUACCGUACAAAGCACUUUCCAUGUGGUAUUGUGUUUAUUAUAUACAUACUGAGACAUUCAUCAUUUUGGCGGCCUUUUUAUUUUAAAUUUUCAAAAAUGCUAAUAUUUGCCGCUACACACUUACUGCAAAAUGACAACGAAAACGAAGUAUAAGCUUUUUCGUAAAAACGUUUGUUAAAAACAUAAAUGACGGUGAGGAUAUCAGGUAAUCCAAGAACUAUAAGUAAUCUUAACUGUUUGUUCUCAAUGCACAAUUGAAAAUGAGUGAAUUUAAGUAAAAUGGCCGGUUUCAAUAUAAGCUUAAGCUUAAAUGAAAGGCAAAGUAGCUCCGACAAAAAGCACAACAAAAGCUUACAUCUCGUUCUGUUUAUCCCUUUCCGCUGUUGUUUCGCCGGCUCUCUACCGUUUUCUUUAUCGACAGUGAAACAAAGGAAACUAUUCUACUCCAUUUCCGAAAUGUUUUUCACUUUUUUAGCGAGAAAAACUCUGAGUAAAACUUUUCUCGUUAAAUGUGUGCGAGGCGGCGCUGCAAGCUGCAAUAAAAGGCGGGAAUUUUGGCGCGAAACUCACACACCUCUGUGGCUUCUGAUUGGACGUAUCAUUUUUCUCACACGUGGAAAAACAUCGUUCGCGAUUCUGAUUGGACGUAUCAUUUUUUUCAUGUGUGAAAACCAUCGUUCGCUCCUCUGAUUGGCUAGAACUAAUUUACGUACGAAAAUUUACGACGUAGCUUUUUGGUGAGUAUUUCUCAGUAUGUAUAUAAUAAUACUACAUACUAAACCGUCCAAUAAGUUAUGAGUCACCUUUUGACCAUUUGUCUAUUUGCUGUUUACAGGGUCUGUGGUAGCCAUAAUCGUCGUCGUAUGGAUUCUGUCGUCAUUAGCUGGAUCAAUGAUACCCGUGGAACAAGAGAAAUUCUAUGGCAUAAUUGUAACUGUCGCAUUCUUCUUCACACCACUCAUCGUUAUUUUGGUAGCUUAUGGUACGAUCUUUCACAUAGCUAGAGCGCAUGCACGAGGCAGAGGCGUCAGUUCGUUCAAAAAGGUAAUAUGCUAUGCUAUUGGUAUUGAUAGUCACAGGAAAUCUACCACUGGACCGUACUGUCUGUAUGAUCAUUGUCAUGUGUACUUUUUCUCGAUUGUACCCAGUGCUGAAUGCCAGUGAUCAUAGUCCAUGUUUUGGUAAUAUGUUACAAUCUCAUGAAAAUUAUAGCUAACGUUAUUAAGAAACAGAUAUACAGUCAAACCUGUAUUAUGCGGUCACCCGUUGGGAAUGGCUUACCGACCGCUUAAUACAGUUUGACGGUUUAACACAACUUUGACAAACCUAAGAGUUGUUUAAUCAAAUAAAGAUGGUGAAAGAGCGAACCCGCGACAAAACUACCUCAAAGUGCCUCUACCUUUUCGUGUGCCAAAAAAGGAAGUAAGAGACCAGUAAACGCCAACAUUGUGCAUAUUGUCAAAGUGACCGUCUAAUAGUAACGUAACCACCUAAUGGAGGUGACCGCUUAAUUCAUUUCAGUUUUACAGUAACUGAGGGAAAUGAUUUCCGGGAUAUAGUCAAACCUCUUCAGACAGACACCUCUAUUACUUACAGCUCACUUGCUCUCAAAGAUAGUACACUUCAUACAGUUCCCAUGGGUAUAAUAGUGGACACCUUUAUUGUGCGUACUUAGACUUUGUCCCUUUGGUGUUCUCACCGUAAAGAAGUUCCCAUGCUUUCCCAGUGGCAGAUAUAAAGUAACUUAGCAUGAUAAAUACACUACACAAAGACAAGUUGUUAAAACUGUACUGGGACAGCAAAUCAAAACAUUUCCAAAUACUCUAACCGCCCUCGUCGCAUCGCGUUCAUCAGUCGUCGGAUUUUGUCGACCACGUUAUCUUUCAUUACUUGACUAUUCAAUGACGCUGAAUAUUGGUGUUGAUUUUAGGCACGUGCACUAUCCCCCUUUAAUGUAGGGUUAUCACUGUCAAAGCUCUACAAACAUUAGCAACAAACAGUUCUUAAUCAGUUUCAUGGAGUGACGUACACGCACAUACAACAUUACUAAUGACCAAAAAAAAAAAAACAUUACUAAUGACGGCUAACCAACAGUGGUGUGCGCAACACAAAGAAACGCACAUUGAACAACGCAAUAUGAUAGUCACUUGACGGGAGACCACAAAAAAAAAAUAUAAAGAAGUACCACUGACUAACACAAAGAGAAUUUUCUCGUUGGUCAGAUAACUUUCACUGACGCUUUUCUCCUGUUGUUGUUCUUGUUGUUAUUUUUUCUUUGCUUUCUUUUUCUGCUCUCAAAAUCACGUUUAACUUAAUAUUUUUUGUUCAUCUUUUGAUUGAUCUGGAUUUUUGCACAGAUGAGUAGAUUAUUUGUCGUUUUUACCAUUGAAAUGGACGUUCUUUUCACACCGUGUUUUGUUUGCUUUAAUGAUUUUACUAUAAGCCACAGUUUAACGAUGUUGCUUUUGUUUCAGGAUUUGCGCAUUGCUACAACAGUAGCCGUAGUCAUUGGCCUUUUUGUCAUCUGCUGGACUCCAUUUUUUGGUAUCAACUUCGCGUUCGCGGUUUGUAUAGCCACACUGUUCAAGGGAGCUGGUUGUCCAGGCCUUCCGACUUUGCCAACGUGGAUUUUUUCCGUAAGCAAGUGGCUUCAGUACGGGAAUUCGGUUUGUAAUCCCGUCAUUUAUGGCUUCCGCAACAAAGAUUUUCGGCGAGCGUUUCGAAAGAUUUUACUCGGAUUGUGUUGUAAAAAGGUGCGGCUGUCAGAUUACAGCAAGAGCGCGUACGGACGCACGGUACGAAGCGCUUACUUACGCCGAGAAUCAAGCUUUGAAAACUCGCGAUCAGUCAUUUUCCCUCCCAACGUACCGCUUGGAAUGUUUGACAUGCGGGACAGCUACCGUAAGGCGAUACAAAGCGGACGCAGCAAGCCGAUUAAGCUUAAAUUUACACCAAAGAAAAGUGUGGCAAAUGGUCUGCUAUCGAUAAACGUUGACGCCUUUCGCACUUCAAAUGAAUUUACUUCCAGUACGAGUGUCUGGAAUUCGUCUUCCGAGGCUUCCGUCUCUCCAGCGGAGCUUUGUAACCCUGCCUUCGAGGAGGACGAUCAAACCGAUAUCUGCCCUAUUGAUCAAGCGAUACCGGUGAGAGAUUCUAACGAUAACAUCUCCUCACAAUCAACUAAUUCUAUGUAUAAGAGUUCCUCAAAAGGAUCUGUGCAUAGCGACCAAGCCUAUGUUCGAUUUUCGGAUUCCAAAACCAAGGAAAAGGAUAGCGAACCCAAAACUUUUGCUAACCUUGGUUCUGCUUUGGAAAGGAAAAGGUCAUUAUCGGAGAUAUUUCUACGUACGACCAGUGCUAAAGACAGUCUCAAAAGAAAACUGCGGUCGCGAUUAUCCUUUCACAAGAACUGA